GAAAUAAUAAAAUACGUAUUUGGCAUAUACUUCAUCAUGGAUUCUUCAGUUUUGCUUGUUUACGAUUACGAUGGAUCAAAAAUAGUAGAUACAGUCAGGAAACGCUUAGAACAAUGUGACGUCACAGUACGUACAGCAAAAAUAUCGCAUGUUAUAGAUCCUCCACCUUGUUCCGCCAGUGUACUUUUUUUAACACCAGGAAUGUUAUCUAUUUUAAAAUCAUCUUCACGGGAACUUAAAUUACUUAGCAAAGUGUGCGCACUAUUUUUUCAUGACACUAUCAAUAUUACCGGGAAAUCAGUUCAAGAGAUACUAGUUAAAAAAUUACCUUUCUUCCCAAACUGGAGAGUUUAUCCUAUCGUCAAGAAAGUUCGAAAACUUACUCUUCAAAUUUUAGAACUCAUAGAUGCAGAAAAUGAGGAGGCGGAUCCUGAGUUUUGUCUUUUAUCUGAAUUUACGCUUUACCCAGAUACAACAUGGAAGCAAGACCAAGAUGUGAUCAUUUCAUUCAAUUCCGAAAGAUCAGUCGAAGACAAAGUAAUGGUAGAGACAGAUAAUCGUUUAUUUGAAGUCACUUGGCUUAAUCCAUAUACAUCUAGAUUCAAAUUUGCUGACAAUUGUGACUAUGGUAAGAGGACAGUUACGGUAUAUGUGAACGAGGUUCCUGUUGGUUCAACUCAGGUGGUCAUCAAAGACAGAAACCAAUGUAUUCUAGAUGAAAUCAGCGAUGUGAGAUCACCUCUGCAUUACUUGAGGGAAAUCUUGAACAUGAUAGAAGGCAGGGAGGAGAAACUUCAUUCAGAAAUGUCGGAAUCUCUUAUACUUAAGGGAACGAAAAAGUUACUGAAAACAUUGCAAAAGAAAUCGAUUGUAUCUAACAUUAUAGAACCUCAACACAGUCAAGAUGAACAAGAUUCCAAGGAACUGGACAGCACGACGAUAGAGGAAGGGGACGUUAUCUUCCGUCGAAGACCAACCAGACAGGCAUUCAAAAAAAGGAGUUUAUCGGAUAAAUCACACACUGAUUAUGAUGACAUUAGCGAGGAAGAACAAACAGCAAGGGAGGAAAAACUACAGCGCAAGAAUCAGCGAAUAUCUCUUGCACUAGAAAACAUUAGCAUGAAAGAAGAUUUCCCUUCCAUCGAUUUUAAUGAGGACUUGUUGAAAUCGCUUCCGUCAGACUUUUUUGACUCUCUACCGAAGUAAUAUGGAUUAAUACAAACAUUUUUCACAGUGUUCCAGCAAAUGUGUUCCUUAUUUGAUUGUAGUUCCUUGGAAUCUGGUGCUUGGUUGAUCUUUUUAGCUUUAGGGCGUGAACAAACGGACAAAUAAGAGACAAUGCAAUUCCUUCGCAAUAGAAAAAACAGUUUGAUUAAAACCACUCUUUUCUAAGGACGAGAUUUUAAGGCGAAAGCGACUGAUCUAAGAUAAUUAUAACCUGCAGAUAAAUGAUUUUGCUUGUAUGUGAUGUAGGUUCCUGCAAUAUUGUAGCAAGUUACGGUUCCUCAUUGAUCAUUACGUGUGGUUUACGUUCCUGUAAUGUAGUAUCAAGCUACAUGUACGGUUAAUUGUUGAUUACGUGUUUUGUACGUUCCUGUUGAUUGUGUGUGUUUUACAAGUGUGAUGUACAUUCUUACAAUAUUGUUGCAAGCUAUGGUUAAUCGGUGAUUUCAAUCUUGCAAUAAUGUAUCAAGUUACUAUUAAUUAUUUCUUUCAUAUCAUCAUGAUUAUGAAGACACAACCCAAUCUGAUA